AUGAUUACCAAAUUCAUGACAGAGGUCACGGCCAAAUUCAACCCCUUCUCGACCUGCGCAAAGCCCGCCCGCCUCUUCCUGACGUUCCUCCCGCCCAAUGUUCGCGCCAACGGGACGACUGUGCAUACGAGCCUCUUGCCGAGGAACUCUCCCGAGAGCAGUUCUCUAAAGGUCAAGUUCAAGGACGGCAAGGAGAUGGACUUUAACUGUUCCAAAACCAACAUCAAGAGCUUGAUCGAGGAAGUCGACCGUCACUCGCGCCAGCUGCAAAAGGCCGCCGAUUUGUCCGAAUAA